UAAUAAUAAUAAUAAAUUAAAAAUAAAAAUUAAGGAAAAAUCCAUGUCGCCGUUGGCCUGAGAAGAAGCAAAUCUCUGAUGGAAGAAGAAGAAGAAGAAAGAGAGAGAUGAAAUUCAACAAGCCAUUACUUCAUUUCGCACAAGCUUUAUUCAAUUGAGAUCACGAUAAAAAAGAAGAAGAAGAAGAAAUCAAUGCUAGGGUUGAGGUGAAAAUUUGAAGUUUAAAGCUGUGUGUGUGUUAUGUGAUUUAACGGUUGAGAAGAAAAAAAGAUGAAGGCUGGGAGUGCGGCGAAGCUGAUUGUUGACGCACUGCUGCAGCGGUUCCUUCCUCUAGCUAGGCGUCGCAUUGAAACAGCUCAAGUUCAAGAUGGGCAGUACCUUCGGCCAUCAGAUCCGGCUUAUGAACAAGUACUAGAUUCUUUAGCAAUGGUGGCGCGACACACGCCUGUACCUUUAUUAGAAGCUCUUUUACGAUGGAGAGAAAGUGAGUCUCCAAAAGGUGCAAAUGAUGCAUCAACAUUUCAAAGAAAGCUCGCAGUGGAAUGCAUUUUUUGCUCAGCUUGUAUUCGCUUUGUUGAGUGCUGCCCACAAGAAGGACUUACAGAAAAACUUUGGAUUGGGCUUGAAAAUUUUGUCUUCGACUGGCUAAUCAAUGCAGACAGGGUUGUUAGCCAAGUCGAAUAUCCUUCCCUUGUUGACUUGAGGGGACUUCUUCUGGACCUAGUUGCACAGCUACUUGGUGCUUUAUCACGUAUCAGAUUUAGUUCUGUGACUGAGCGCUUCUUCAUGGAGCUCAAUACUCGCCGAAUCGAUACCAGUGUUGCACGAAGUGAAACACUUAGCAUUAUCAAUGGAAUGCGCUACCUUAAACUUGGGGUCAAAACAGAGGGUGGUCUGAAUGCGUCAGCAUCUUUUGUUGCAAAAGCAAAUCCUCUUAAUCGUUCUCCUCAUAAGCGUAAAAGUGAACUUCACCAUGCACUUUGCAACAUGCUUUCAAAUAUACUAGCUCCACUUGCUGAUGGUGGAAAAGGUCAGUGGCCUCCUUCUGGUGUUGAACCUGCACUCACCUUUUGGUAUGAAGCUGUUGCGCGAAUAAGGGGGCAGCUGAUGUACUGGAUGGACAAACAAAGUAAACAUAUAGCUGUUGGUUAUCCUUUGGUGACUCUUCUUCUAUGUCUGGGUGAUCCUAAUACUUUCCUCAACAAUUUUGGUCCUCACAUGGAACAAUUAUACAAGCAUUUGCGUGAUAAGAACCACCGCUUCAUGGCCUUGGAUUGUUUACAUCGUGUUCUAAGGUUUUACCUGAGUGUCCACGGUGAUGCACAGCCUCCCAAUCGUGUAUGGGAUUACCUAGACAGUGUCACCUCUCAACUUCUGACAAUUCUCAGGAAAGGAAUGCUCACUCAGGAUGUCCAACACGACAAACUUGUAGAAUUCUGUGUGACUAUUGCAGAUCAUAAUCUUGAUUUUGCGAUGAAUCAUACUAUACUGGAAUUGCUGAAGCAAGAUAGUCCAGAAGCAAAGGUUAUUGGUCUUCGCGCUUUGCUUGCCAUUGUUAUGUCUCCUACUAGCCAGCAUGUUGGCUUGGAAAUUCUUCAUGUUCAUAAUAUUGGUCACUACAUUCCUAAAGUCAAGGCUGCAAUUGAAGCGAUUUUGAGGUCUUGCCAUAAAACUUACAGUCAGGCUCUUCUUACUUCUUCAAGGACUACAAUUGAUGCUGUUACAAAAGAGAAGUCUCAAGGCUAUCUUUUUCGCUCGGUGCUGAAGUGCAUACCUUAUUUGAUUGAAGAAGUUGGCCGAAGUGAUAAAAUCACAGAAAUAAUUCCUCAGCAUGGCAUUAGUAUAGAUCCUGGGGUACGUGAGGAAGCCGUGCAGGUUCUGAAUCGGAUCGUGAGAUACCUUCCCCAUCGCCGCUUUGCAGUUAUGAGAGGAAUGGCGAAUUUUAUUCUACGUCUUCCAGAUGAGUUCCCUCUUCUCAUCCAGACAUCGUUGGGUCGCCUUCUUGAGCUCAUGCGUUUCUGGAGAGCCUGUCUAUCUGACGAUAAGAUGGAACGCGAAUUAAAGCGUUUACAGAGAAUCGAGGGAUUAAAGAGGUCAUCAUUUAAGCAAACUCCAGAGGCAAUUGAAUUUCGUUCUUCGGAGAUAGAUGCAGUUGGUCUUAUAUUCCUUAGUUCGGUUGAUAGUCAGAUUAGACAUACUGCUCUGGAGUUGUUGCGAUGUGUGCGCGCUUUAAGACAUGAUAUACGAGAACUUUCAAUGCAAGAGCGAUCAGAUCAUAUGAGAGCUGAAGCUGAACCAAUAUUUGUAAUUGAUGUUCUAGAAGAGAAUGGGGAUGAUAUUGUGCAGAGCUGUUACUGGGAUUCUGGCCGUCCCUUUGAUCUCAAACGAGAGUCUGAUACUGUACCUCAUGAUGCAACACUCCAGUCUAUACUAUUUGAGAGUCCUGAUAAGAAUAGAUGGGCUCGAUGUCUUAGUGAGAUUGUGAAAUACACCGCCGAAUUGUGUCCUAACUCUGUUCAGGAGGCAAAAUUAGAGGUUAUCCAACGUCUUGCUCAUAUUACACCGUCCGAGUUGGGUGGAAAGUCUCAUCAGUCGCAGGACACAGACAAUAAGCUGGAUCAGUGGCUCAUGUAUGCAAUGUUUGCCUGCUCAUGUCCACCUGAUAGUCGUGAAGGUGGGGGUACAGCAGCAACGAAAGAACUAUUCCAUCUGAUUUUUCCUUCGCUGAAAUCUGGUUCUGAAUCACAUGUACAUGCAGCUACCAUGGCGCUUGGUCACUCACAUCUGGAUAUAUGCGAAGUAAUGUUCAGUGAGCUUACUUCUUUUAUAGAUGAGGUUUCUAUGGAAACAGAAGGCAAACCAAAGUGGAAGAGUCAAAAGUCUCGCCGUGAAGAACUCCGUAGCCACAUUGCAAAUAUAUACCGGACAGUUGCUGAAAAAAUAUGGCCUGGAAUGCUAGGCCGCAAACCAGUUUUUCGCCUUCAUUACUUGAAGUUCAUCGAAGAAACAACCAGACAGAUUAUGGCAGCAACUGCAGAGAGUUUUCAGGAGAUGCAACCUCUCCGAUACUCCCUUGCUUCUGUUCUAAGAUUUUUGGCUCCUGAAUUUGUUGAUUCAAAGUCGGAGAAAUUUGAUAUCAGAACUCGAAAGAGACUUUUCGAUCUCCUCCUUACCUGGGGUGAUGAUACAGGCAGUACAUGGAAUCAGGACGGUGUAAUUGAUUAUCGGCGUGAAGUUGAACGUUACAAGUCUAGUCAGCAUUCACGGUCAAAAGACUCUGUUGAUAAACUUUCAUUUGAUAAAGAAUUGAGUGAACAGGUCGAAGCAAUCCAAUGGGCCGCCAUGAACGCAAUGGCCUCUCUGUUAUACGGCCCUUGCUUUGAUGACAAUGCAAGAAAGAUGAGUGGCCGUGUAAUUUCUUGGAUAAAUAGCCUCUUUAUUGAGCCUGCACCCAGGGCACCUUUUGGAUUUUCACCAGCUGAUCCUAGAACUCCAUCUUAUUCCAAAUAUACUGGAGACGGUGGGCGAGGAGUAACUGGCCGUGAUAGGAGAGGUGGUCACCAUCGAGUUUCUCUAGCAAAACUGGCUCUAAAGAAUCUCCUCCUCACUAAUUUGGAUUUAUUUCCUGCCUGCAUUGAUCAGUGCUAUUAUUCUGAUGCUGCAAUAGCUGAUGGCUACUUCAGCGUGUUGGCUGAAGUCUACAUGCGUCAAGAGAUACCCAAAUGUGAAAUUCAGAGGCUAUUAAGUCUGAUCCUUUACAAAGUGGUCGAUCCAUCCAGACAAAUUCGUGAUGAUGCUCUUCAAAUGCUCGAGACACUUUCCGUUCGUGAAUGGGCUGAGGAUGGUGCUGAGUGCUCAGGAAGCUAUCGAGCUGCUGUUGUUGGCAACCUUCCCGACUCUUACCAACAGUUUCAGUACAAACUCUCUUGCAAACUUGCCAAAGAUCAUCCAGAACUGAGCCAACUUCUUUGCGAAGAGAUCAUGCAGAGGCAACUCGAUGCAGUGGACAUAAUCGCACAGCACCAAGUCUUAACAUGCAUGGCUCCAUGGAUUGAGAAUCUCAAUUUCUGGAAACUGAAGGAUUCCGGUUGGAGCGAAAGAUUGUUGAAAAGUCUUUAUUACGUGACGUGGCGCCACGGGGAUCAGUUCCCCGACGAGAUCGAGAAGCUAUGGAGCACCAUAGCUAGCAAGCCUAGGAACAUAAGCCCCGUUCUUGAUUUCUUGAUCACUAAAGGAAUCGAAGACUGCGAUUCGAACGCAUCGGCAGAAAUAAGUGGAGCAUUCGCCACGUACUUCUCGGUUGCCAAGAGGGUUAGUUUGUAUCUAGCUCGAAUCUGCCCACAACGUACAAUCGACCACUUAGUUUACCAAUUGGCUCUACGGAUGCUCGAAGAUACUGUGGAGCCACUGAGACCUGGUGCUAAUAAAGGUGAUGCCGUGGGAGGCAUCGUCUUGGAAUUCUCUCAGGCUCCUGCAGUGACUCAAAUCACCUCUGUUGUGGACAGCCAGCCUCACAUGUCUCCUUUACUCGUACGUGGUUCGCUCGAUGGACCACUAAGGAACACAAGUGGAAGCCUGAGCUGGAGAACAUCUGCUGUUGGUGGAAGAAGUGCUUCAGGCCCGUUGACUCCUAUGGCUGCAGAACUUAAUAUUGUUCCUGUAACCGCCGGUCGGUCCGGUCAACUUCUGCCUGCAUUAGUCAACAUGUCGGGCCCACUAAUGGGGGUACGUAGUUCAACUGGAAGCUUGAGAAGUCGCCACCUGUCACGAGACAGUGGGGAUUACCUCAUCGACACUCCGAAUUCUGGUGAAGAUGGAUUGCUUUCAGGGUUCGGGACCCACGGUGUCAAUGCCAAAGAGCUCCAGUCGGCUCUACAGGGCCAUCAGCAACACACGCUGACGCAAGCGGACAUUGCGUUGAUUUUACUAGCUGAAAUCGCCUAUGAAAAUGACGAGGAUUUUAGAGAGCAUUUGCCUUUGCUCUUUCACGUAACGUUCGUCUCGAUGGACAGUUCGGAGGAUAUUGUGUUGGAACACUGCCAGCACUUGCUCGUUAAUCUGCUUUAUUCGCUCGCGGGCCGCCACUUGGAGCUCUACGAUGUUGAGAAUAGUGACGGGGAGAACAGGCAGCAGGUUGUGAGCCUUAUCAAAUACGUCCAGUCGAAGAGAGGCAGCAUGAUGUGGGAGAAUGAAGACCCUACAGUUAUCAGAACAGAGCUUCCAAGUGCUGCACUCUUAUCCGCCCUCGUACAGAGCAUGGUGGAUGCCAUCUUUUUCCAAGGAGAUCUCCGGGAAACUUGGGGUGCAGAGGCUCUCAAAUGGGCUAUGGAAUGUACGUCGCGACACCUGGCGUGCCGGUCCCACCAAAUAUACCGUGCCUUACGGCCACGUGUUACUAACGACGCAUGCGUAUCUCUAUUGCGGUGCAUGCAUAGGUGCCUCGGUAAUCCAGUACCUUCGGUUUUGGGUUUUGUUAUGGAAAUCUUGUUGACUCUGCAGGUGAUGGUGGAGAAUAUGGAGCCGGAAAAAGUAAUACUUUACCCCCAGCUUUUCUGGGGGUGUGUUGCAAUGAUGCACACCGACUUCAUUCACGUGUACUGUCAGGUGCUCGAGCUUUUCUCUCGUGUGAUCGAUCGCUCCUCAUUUAGAGACACCACAACAGAAAACGUGCUUCUAUCAAGCAUGCCGCGUGACGAUAUCGACACAAACGCGUCAGACAGUUCCGAAUUUCACCGCAUAGAGUCGAGGAACCUCUCUCUAGUGUCACCCUCACUAUCUGCAAAGGUGCCCCCAUUCGAAGGGGUGCAGCCUCUCGUUCUCAAGGGGCUCAUGUCCACCGUAAGCCACGGUGUCUCCAUCGAGGUCCUCUCUCGAAUAACGGUCCCUUCUUGCGAUUCGAUAUUCGGCGAUGCGGAAACACGUCUCUUGAUGCAUAUUACAGGAUUACUCCCCUGGCUCUGCCUGCAGCUGGGCCAGGACACAUCAGCAGGAGUGGGAGUCACUUCACCGCUCUACCAGAAAGCCUGCACAGUAGCAAACAACAUCGCCGUUUGGUGCCGAGCAAAAUCAUUGGACGAGCUAUCCACCGUUUUCAUGGCUUACUCAUCCGGAGAAAUCAAAGGCAUCGAAAAUCUCCUCGCUUGUGUUUCUCCGUUAUUGUGCAACGAGUGGUUCCCGAAGCACUCUACUCUUGCCUUCGGCCAUCUGUUAAGGCUUCUCGAGAAAGGUCCCGUCGAAUAUCAACGUGUUAUUCUUCUCAUGCUGAAGGCUCUGCUUCAGCACACUCCAGUGGAUUCUGCACAGAGCCCUCAUAUGUACGCGAUUGUCUCACAGCUGGUCGAGAGCACACUGUGCUGGGAGGCUCUUAGUGUUCUAGAAGCACUCUUGCAAAGCUGCAGCCCUUUGCCUGGGUCCCACCCGCACGAUCAGGGCCCGUUCGAGAAUGGAUUCGACGACAAGUUUCUUGCUCCACAAACCUCCUUUAAAGCCCGAAGCGGGCCUUUGCAGUUUGCAGGGGUCUUAGGGUUUGGGCAGGGUUUUACCAAUUAUGGGCAAACGAAUACGAACGAAUCCGGGAUUUCGCCCAAGGAGUUGGCACUGCAGAAUACUCGUUUGAUGCUUGGGCGAGUUCUUGAUGGUUGCGCACUCGGUAGAAGGAGAGAUUACAGAAGGCUCGUUCCUUUCGUAACCACCAUAGGGAAUCCAUAGUGCAUGCAUGCCUGCCCAGUGGUGGUGUGAGUGUAAAUAGAUAAAAAUUUUAUUUUAGAUUUUAUAGUAAUUGUUAUCUGAUGUAAGUUUGAUUGAGUUUUGUUUGUAGCUAUGAAUGUUGAGUCACUAGUUUUUGUGAAAACAUUGUUUUUUUGAUAGUUUUUUAGAGUUGUGUAAUCUCAUUUGUUUGUAUGGAUACUACACAUUGCAUUCAGAUGGCUGGAAUGAGAUGUACAUAUAGAUUUAUCCUGGGUUGGAUUAUGUUCUAAC